CUUUCCAUGGAGGAUUUCUAAAGUGAAAAUUGUCCCUGUUUUUUAAAAAGUUGCUAUAAAUUCAGGACUCUUGCAUACAUGACAAACUAUAUUUGAAUAAUCGAUGCUUUGUAUUUAUUUUGUGUGUAGGAGCCAAGCUUUGUUUCAACUGUAUAAAACCCUGCAAAGUGACAUAUUCAUAUAAAAUACCUGCGAUGAUCAUAUGAACAGUGUAUAAAGUAUUGCAUUCUUUUUUCUUUUUUUUUUCUUCUCUGUGAUAAUGUGUUUUGGAGCUGAGAUGGGUGGACCAUCUGAGGCAGCCUGGCUUUUAAAGCCUUAAAUAAAUCCUAUUUACCUGUCAGGGACAUGGACAAAUUCAUAAAUCACCAUGGCAGCCGGUAAAACGAGGAAGCUGGCAAACGUGAGUGUGUACAGGAGGCAGUGUGGCCCGAGGCAGAGGUGCACACACACACACACCACCCUGCUGACUGACAAUCCACUAAACUGAGAUAUGCGCAGCACGUUUCCAGCUCCAAGCUCAUUUCUGCCUUUUGUAAAAAAAAAUAUAUAUAUAUUGUAAAGCUCAUGCUGUUGUUGUUUUUCUUUGUUGUUGUUGUUUUUUUUUACAGUUUGCUUGAAAAAAAAUCUACAUUACUAUGCUAUGAAAUAUAGUUUGAUAGAAAAUCUGCAAGUGUUUGUGCAUAUGCAACUGAUUUUACGUUUCAUUUUUGGGAAAGUCGACUAUAAAUAUUUGCUAAGAAUUGUAUUUUCCCCCCACCUCACCGAAACUGUAAUUUCUACCUUGAGUGUGUGUUUUUUUUUUUUUUUUUGCCUAUUUAAUGACAUUUAAUAAAGACAAUAAUCAUUUACAUCAGGGUCAAAGGUCACUCAGAAGAGGUAUGUUAUGUUUUAAAUGUAUUUUAACUUUCAUUUGACCAAUUCUUUAUUGGUAAUGAUUCCUUGUAAGCAGUUUUAUAAAAUUUAAAAUAAUGCCUCAUAACGUUUAAUGAUGUAUUAUGUUGUACAUCAAGUGUCAUAAGUCUCACUGAAGUGCCAAACUUUAUAACUAUUCAUGUAAAUAAAAGCUGCGAAUAAUGAUAAAGCAAUUGUAUUAUUUAUUAAUAUUUAUACAGUCACUUUAAUGGAGUGCUAAAAAAAUGUUGUAUGCCUGAGAUGUAAUUUUUUCCCCAUCAUUUUAUUUAGAUUUAAUAAUUUAUAGCACAUUAUUAGAGGGUUAUAAGGCAUUAUUAUAGUUUUUGUAAGAAUGCUCACAAGAAAUCAUUACUUGUAUUACAUAACUUGUAACAAUGAAUUCUAAACAAAGGAAUUUUAAGCAUAGUUAUAAUGCUUUAUGAAUAUGGGCUUGGGGGGGUGUAUGGUGGCUUAGUGGUUAGCCCGUUUGCCUUGUACCUCCGGGGUUGGAUCCCCGCCUAAACCUGGUGUGCAUGGAGUUUGCACGUUCUCCACUCUGCUUCAGGGGUUUCUUCCGCGUACUCCGAUUUCUUCCCUCAGUCCAAAGACCUGCGCUGUAGGCUGAUUUCCGAAUUGUCUGUAGUGUGUGAUUGUGUGUGCGAUUGUGCCCGGUUAUGGGUUGGCACCCCAUCCAGGGUGUCCCCCACCGUGUGCCCCGAGUCCCCUGGGAUAGGCUCCAUGCGACCCUGUGUAGGAUAAGUGGUACAGAAAAUGGAUGGAUAGAUGAAAUAUGGGCUUCAUAAAACAAGUGUCCCUAUGUGUUUUUUGUUGUUGUUGUUGUUGUUGUUGUUGUUUUGAAUGGAAAUGAAGCAUGAGGCAAAAUUUCCUGUAAGCAUUUCACCCAUGAAUCUUGUAUCUCGCUGAUGCCAGUAAGUUUUCGCCAUCAAACCCGGGUCUCUGGAUUCAGUUUUUUCCAACGCAAGUUGCUGAAUAGGAUCCAUUCAUUCAUAAAACACUUAAUUCAUCCUUUUCUGUGUUACGGCAAGUUAGCACAAACCCAUGGCUUAUUAAUAAUGCUUUGUCUUCUCCUACACAAAUAAUUGAUCUUUUCUUUUGAUUCACACAUUUGCCACAACCUGUUCAAGUCCAAAUAAACAGAAGAGAUAGGGGUAUGUUGUAACACGUUUUAAUCUCUCGCAACACUUCCUCCCUGCUGCCAUAUCUUAAACAUGAACGAUUUCAUAGCGAGCCCAUCCAACAGGUUUGGAGUGUGU